AUGUCUGUCUUCAACGGACACCAUAGUCAUGGGUUGUUCAUGGAGGAGAGUGGGUACCAGUGCACGAAUGGGACCAGUGGAGAACAGCAGUUUGUACCCGUUGUUUAUUUUCCUGAAAAUGGGAUCCCUUCCGAGAAAUACGAGACUGGCGCCACAUUCGUCUCACUUCAAGACUCAAGACAGGCUUCCGGAACCACUACUGCGCCACAAGCUAAUUGCUUUCAGCCGUGUUAUUUCUCCCAAGAAGCCAAUUUCUCUGAAGCACCCGAUUUUUUCCAAGGAACCGAUUCCUCUCAAGCUCAUGGGUUUUCGCAGUCAACUGAUUUCUCUCAAGCGUCGGACUUUUCUCAAACAUCCGACCAAGACCCGUCCUCUCGCCAGAGGUCGUCCUCCUCUCGCAAGGGUAAGGCCACCAAGUGGCACGAGCUUCCCCCGCAAGCAAGUACCGAAGCCGAGGAAAAGAGGCUUCGCGCAGUCAAAGGCAAGCAGUACAGGGAGAAGCGCAAGGCGAUGGAACUGCGAGUGAAGCAAGACCUGGAUGACGUCACGGAAGAGGUCGCGCAACUCCGUUCAGAAAUUAACAGGAGGAGAACCGCCUGCAUGGACAUGGAGAGAACACUGGAUGAAGCCAUCCAGCGCCACGAUGAGAGGGAUUACAGUUACCUUUUGAACGAUUAUGUGUAA